CGGAAAAUCAAUUUUUUGGUUGAAUGAGAACGUGAGAACGAGACAAACGCAGUAAAUAGUAAAUCGACGCCAUUUUAAUUUUCAAUUCAACAUUUUCUUCAACGAAAAAAACUCUCUUUUUUUAAAAUCCAAAUUAAACAAAUCAUGGGCGCCCCGGCAGGUCGUGGUGGUCGUGGAAACAGACGCGGUGGCGGCGGUCCGAGGGGCGGCGUGCACAAAAGGGGCCGCGGGAGCGGCGUGAACGGCGGGCCCCCCAUGGGCCGCCCGAUGCGCGGCGGUCCCGGCAUGAGGGGCGGCAUGCGGCCCCUGAUGCCGCCGAUGCCGAUGAGAGGCGGCAGGGGGAUGCCGCCCCUAGGGCCGCCGAGAGGUAUGAUGGGGCCUCGCGGUAUGCCGCCAGGAAUGAGGCCACCAUUAGGAAUGCGCCCACCACCAGGCAUGCGCCCACCACCCCCAAUGAUGAUGAUGCACCCACCAAUCCCACCUCCAAUGCGAGGCGGCUUCAGACCGAUGCGCGGCAUGAACAAACCACCUGGCCGAUUUCCAAGAGGAUCGAUGCGCGGCAGAGGCGGCAAAAUCCUGAAACGCAACCGCCCCAGCAUGAAAACAAUCGACCUGACACUCUCAUGGGUGACAGAAGCAAUGAAGGCGGAAUUCACCAAAAAAGAAGAAUUACUUGCGAAAGCGAAAACCAGCCAGACUCAGGAAGAUUGGGCCAGUUACAGGGAGCAAAGGGAGAAGUGCAGUAAAUUGUAUCAGGAGGCCGAAAAGGCCAACGGGGGGCAGUUGGGGGAGGCGAACUUCAACGAUUAUAUACAUGAAGAAGAUGAAGAAAUAGAUUAUUUUGACGAUGAAGAUACUACUACUUUAUCGUGUGAUACUUGUGAAAGAGAUUUUUACUCCGAAGAGCAAUACAAUGUUCACAUGUCUGAGCAUAGAACUUGCAAUUUGGAAGGUUGCACUUUUACAGCUCACGAGAAAAUUAUUGAAAAGCAUAUAAAAAUGCAACAUUUGACUGGUCUAUAUGAGAAAAUCAAAAAACUGGAUAAUCCGGAAGAAAUUGCUGCCUGGAUUGAGGAACGGAAAAAGAAAUAUCCCAGCAAAGAGAAUGUGGAAAAGAGAUGGCAGCAACAAGAAGCUUUGCUUAAAAAAGGGGUCAGAUUGCAGAAAAAUAGUAAUAAGUUUGGCAAGGAUAAAUUUAGAUUGGAAAGCACAGCCAAAAACCAAGCAACAAAAUCCCUCAGAAACGCUCGCAAACCGAAAAAAAGGAAACCCCGACAACCUCCAAAAGUCUCCCUCAUAGACGAAAAAGCCGAUUGGAAUGGAAAAAUGUUCCCCUUCAAAGGCACCUCAACUUUAUUCGAAAUCCCAAAAAUCCAAGAGCAAAUAAGCGAUUUUGAAGACGACCAAUGGACAGAAAAUUCUAGUGCUUCUACUGUAAAAGUAAACAAAUCUUUAGGUUCUUUGAUGGCCGCCUACGGAUCAGACAGCGAAGAAGAAAUAGUUGAAGUGAAAAUUCCACCAAAAACUGAAAAAGCUGCUAGUGACAAUGAAGCACCUGAAGAAGUAAAAAUAAUCAAAGUUGCUACUACUGAAACUGAAACAAGCAAUAUUUUACCAGAAUCUACAAACAAAAAACGCAAAAGGCCUCUAAAAAGAAAUAACACGAAAAAACAAAAAAUCAAUUAUGAUGAUGCAAUUCCUUCAACUUCAACAGGAAUAACUAGAAGUAAUUCGGAUAAUUUUCCUUAUAAUCAUUUUAGAAAAAGGAAAGUUACUUUAUUGGAAAAACUGUUGGAAAGUGAAAUCAGGCAGGAGCGGAAUUUGUUGCUGCAGUGCGUCAGAUUUGUAGUGGAAAAUGACUUUUUCAAGGAAAAGUAACUCGGGGAGACUUUCUUUUGUAUAUAAUCUGUGAUAAUAAUAUGUUAUUUUGUUUGAAGAAAUUCUUAUUUGUAGUUUGUAUUAAAAUAUUUUCUAAUAAAUUGUUU